UUCAACUGAUCUCCAUCAGUGAUUGAAUUUGUGCCCCUCGUCCUCCGUUACCUAAGCUGGCUCUGACCACACUGGUGACACGUGGGGCUUUUCCAGUGACGUCAAGAUCUCACCCCGCCAUCACUUACUUAGAUCAAUGACGAUGCUUCUAUUCUUCCUUUCGCUCCACUUGAAAACGCCUUCAAAUCCAUAAAAUAGGAACUCAAACCGAAAGCACUCCCCAAACCAAGCUCUUCGGAAAUUACACAAUGUCUUUCUCAAACACAAACACGGGAGAUAAACCAGCGGACCCCUACAAGGAAAAGAACCUCGACGAUGCCUCCAUCAAAGACAAAGUCGAGGAUCUCAGCGAGUUCGUCACUGCCUGCAAGUUUGGCAUGAUGACCACCCGUGAUGGUUCCACUGGAGAUUUGGCCUCGCGAUGCAUGGCCUUAGCAGCCAAGGAAAACGGCGGCAUCGACCUCAUCUUCCACACCAACACCGAGUCCGGCAAGACCUCGGACAUCGACUCAGACCCACACAUAAACAUCUCUUUCCUCAACUCCGCCGGCGAAUGGGCCUCCGUGUCCGGUACCUCGGAGAUCGUCACCGACCGCACUGUCGUCAAGAAGUACUACUCUCCAGCAUUGAAAGCAUGGCUGGGUGACCUGGGUGAUGGAAAGCAUGACGGUGGACCGGAGGACCCAAGGAUUGGCGUCAUUAGGGUCACGGCUAAGACGGCGACUUAUGCGGUUACGAGGAAGAAUGCUGUUAGUAGGGGAAUUGAGAUGGCGCAGGGUGUGGUUACGGGGAAGGCGCCCGCGGUCAAUAAAUUGAGGGAGAUUAGUGGGCAGGAGAUUCAAACUUGGAGAAGCUCUAAUGAGAUGGUGCAGUAGAUUCUCUGCUACGAAGGCUCGUGAAUAUAUAAACUAUGGGUAGCAUCGUUCUCCAUGCCAAAAUAAUUCAGGAGAUUCACGGGAAGUCCAACGUGAUUUAAUUGACUCAAGCGUAG